AUGAAGAGUACAGUGACUCACAGAGGAAGAACUGUUAAUCUCCGAUCAGCCGUCUGGAGGGUGAGAAUAAACUUCAAACAAACCUUUAGUAACACUUUACUGCUGUGGCAUGUCAUCAUGAUAGGGUUAGUUUAGUGACUUUAUUUUUAGUGACUAGAAAAAAGGUGUAUUUACCAUUUGUAAAUUCCAUUUAAAUUGUGUGUGUUACUGUUGUUGUGUCAGGUGCUGCAGGUGUGUGUGUCCAGACCCUCUCUUUCCUGUGUGCUCUUCACCUGCCAGCCCCUCUCCCUCUCUCACACACUCCUACACACACACACCUUCACCAGCCAACACAGCAUGGACAUGAGGUUCACCUACUGUGACCAA